CGUUUACACAAGUCUGCUCGGCCGUCCUGUGAAUCCAGACAUGCUUUGAAUCAGACGGUGUGUCUCGGUUCAACUGUGUGACACAGCAAUGGCUUUGAGUCAGCUAUGCCUCCUGCGGCCACUGUUGUGUCGGUCCUUUAUUCCCCUUACAAGGUCCCAGCUGGGUUCAGGGGCUGUGCAGCUCCCCCCCGUGCUUCGGAGUACAGUCCCACCACCUGCUGUCACCCGCCUCUACGCCACCAAGAAGAGUAAAGCGAAAGCAAAAGGGCAGCAGGCGAAAGUAAACAUCAACACGUCCCUGGUGGAGGACAUCGUCAACCUGGACGAGGUGAAGGGGGACAUGGCUACCGUAGUCGCCUCUCUCAAGGAAGACUACAGCCGCAACCUGAACAUCCGCACUGCCCCUGGAGCCUUGGACCAAAUCACGGUUAACACCAAGGAUGGCAGGUUCCCGCUCAACCAGCUGGGCCAGAUCUCAGUGAAGUCCCCACAGCUUAUUGUGGUCAACAUGACUGGGUUUCCAGAGGCCACAGCGGCAGCCGCCCAGGCCCUGCGAGAGAGCAGCAUGAAGCUGAACCCGGAGGUGGACGGCACCAUCAUCAGGGUCCCCAUUCCUAAGAUCACUCGGGAGCACAGGGAGAACCUGGCCAAGCUGGCCAAGCAGUUCAGCAACAAGGCCAAGGAGUCGCUGCGAAGGGUGCGGUCCACCGCCAUCACCCAGGCCAAGAAGUCAAAAGAUACCGUCUCCGAGGACACCAUACGCCUAAUAGAGAAGCAGGUUCAACAAAUGGCAGACAGCUAUGCUGCUGACAUAGACAAGCAACUCACCACCAAGACCAAGGAGCUGCUGGGAUGAGAUUCAUAGAUGAUACUCUUGUGUUUUUUUUUUCCUGUACCUUCUUUUUUUGUUUCUUCUUUUAAAGUCAACUCUGGCAUCAGUGCAUGUGGCCUGAUAAAAGCUGCCUAAGCCACUGAGUGUGAA